AUGGCCUCUCGGUCGCCGCUGGGCUGGACCAAAACAGUUCAGAUGCUCGAGCUGCAACGGCCCUUGCUGAGCCGGGGCCAUCGAGCGAGUCGAGCGCGCGGAAACGCCAUGUCCAGCGACCUCACCGAGUUCCUGGCCACGCUGCUGCGGAUCGCGCGCUUCGUGCUGGAUGUGACCCUCACAGCGAUCUGCGUGGUGCUGCUGGCUCUGGCUCUCUGCGUGCUAUGGCGGAUCCCUGCCAUCGUGGGGCUGCUGACAAAGAAGAAGUUCAAAGAGCUGAAGGAUUUCCAGGCCUUCUGCGGGACGCAGUUCCUUUGUUCCGUGGCGGACGUUUUCCUCUUUGCCUUCGUGGCCCCCUCUGUGGUUUGGCCUUUGCGGUGGCGCCAGCUGGCCAAGGCCAUGAAGAAGGUUUCCAGGGGCCGCGGGGAUGAUGAUGAUGGAUACAAUGUGUCGGACCGCACGGACUUGGUGGAGUCCGCCUCCGAGAGCUACGCGGACCUCGUGCUGGCGCCCCUCGCGCUGCUGGCGCUGCUGCUCUUCUGGCGCCUGGCGCCGGCGCACCGCGAGAAGCUGUGGCCGCAGUGGCAGCACUUCGAGAAGUGCCUGUCCCAGCUGCGCAACUGGGCCGCCAAGCAGGGGCUGCACGGGCUCUUGGACCUGGGCUUUGUCGCCUAUGGCCUGGUGUCGCUCCUCGUGCCCUCGCGGAUGCCGGGCUUGUGGAACGUGCUCUGGGCCAAGGAGCACUUCAAGGACCGGAGGGACAGCUGCGAGGCGCGGGGCUACCUGCUGCUACUGCCCUUCGUGUCCCUGGCGGAGCUGCUGUCCAUCCUCUUGGCGCUGGCCGCCUUGGCCAACCCUCUGCGCAGCCGCAGCUUGGUCCAUCGCCUCUCCGGAAGCUCGUCGCGCGGAAGCUCGUCGCGUGCUCGGACGCCGAACCCGCUGCUGUGGGAUGCGGAGCUGCGGGUGGAGGUGGCGAAAGUGGGCCUGGCCUCGUUGCUGGACCUGCUGCUUCUGCCCAUGGGCCUCAUUGUGUGUCUCUCCGUGUACCGCGCCGGGCCUUUGGUGUCCGCCCUGCGCUUCCCGGCGACCGAGCUGGAGGUCGAGGUCUGGGUCGCGGAGCCCGAGCCCGAUGCGGGAGAUGCCACGGAGGCCGCAGCCUCGGGCCCCUCUGCCGGCGCCGGCGCCAGGCGGCUGGUGGAGGACACGCUGCCGGUGUCGCGGGUGCACCGGGCGGCGCUGGUGCAGUUCUGCCUGCUGGGCUUGGACCUGCUGACGCUGCCCUGCGCGCUGCUGGUGCUGCUCACCUGGUACCGAGUGUCCCACGUCUCUGAGGACAUGAAGUGGGUGAGUGCGAAGAACCAGAAGGUGGCCUACCACCUGGCCGUGGUUUGGAACAGCCUCUUCGUGCUCCACGACGGCCUCUUGGGCCUCUGCUGCCUCAGUUUGGUGCUGUCCGUGUACCGCCUGCCGCGCGCCUGGCGCGCGGCGUUUCCCCCAGAAGGGCAGCUGAGGGAUCGGCCGAGGCGAGAGAUUUGGCAGGAGAUCGGGCACUUGCUGCUUGACCUGCCGCUUCUGCCGCUGCUCCUCAUUUUGCUCGUGACCUUGUGGCGGGCCGACCUAGUGCUUGCCAAGCUUUGGCAACCCGGCACCAACUGCGAAAAGAGGCGCGCGGUGCUGGUGGAGUUUUUGGAGCUGGCGCGGGACGUCCUGGGCUUCCUGGCGCUGCUGCUGCUGGCGGUGACCUUGGUGCGCCUGCCCAAGGCCCUGCUGGACAUCUACGCGCAGCGGGCCCGCCAGGUGAAGGGCGACCCCCGGCUGCGCGUGCGGCGCCUACGCCUGCGCUGCCCGGAGCACACCGAGGCGGAUCGGCGCUUGGUGUUCCAGGCGGAGGCGGUGCAAGACGAUGGCCGCCUGCGCCAGGACCUAGGCGUGCUGCGCAUCAAUGUGAUCUCUGCGUCCUUCUGGGAGGAGCUGGGUCGCUCCCUGGGCUCCUCCAUCGCCUCGUUGGGUCAGGCGCUGAUGCCCUUCCUCCUGAAGGACGGCCAGCACCUGAAGUACAGCGACUUCCUGCACGAGAACGCAACCAUCGAGCUGAGAAUGGGCGGGAAGGGCCUCAAGGAGAAGAUCCUGCAGCUGGAAGAGUCCAUCACCAUGUGCGUGCAGAUUGAGCACAAGGCGCCCGACGGGGCGGAGGAGGUGCUGACCCGGCUGCCCAUCCCCAUGAGCUUGCUGCACCGGGCGGUGCGGACUCCGGGGGACUUUGUGGAGGUGGAAGAGCAGGUGCUCACCUCGCCGCUGGAGUCGGUCUGCGGGCCGCUGCUGGCGGGCGCGGGGGUGCGCGCGGCCCUGUGGCUCUGUGCCUUCCGGGAGCUCUGGCAGCUGAUCUUGGAUUUGCUGCACCUGGUGCUCUUUGCUCUGCUCAUCUUGGCGCCCUGGCGCCUGGUGCAGUGCACCUACGUCGCCUGCCGCCCCAACCAGGUCUGGAUGGAGCUUCUGCGGCGGCAGACGCUGGGCCUGCUGCGCUUCAAGAGCGCCAUGCUGCGGCGGUACCAGAAGGGCCUGGAGCCGGCGCUGAACGCGGCGGCCAAGGACCCCCCCGCCAGGACCUCCAAGCGGCUGCAGCAGGUGGCGGCGGCGGAGCGGGCGCGGACGCCGCUGCCCACGGUGCAGAAGGAGCGCGCCUUGCUGUCGGAGCUGCGGCGCCAGGGCUCCGAGGCCUUCGUGGAGAAAGCGAGGCUGUGCUCCUCCUUGCAGGACGCGGCGGCGAGCUAUUGGCCCACCUUGGCCUUUGGCGCCAACCUGCAGCUGCUGAAGAAGAAGUUCAACCCCCAGGAGCACGCCUUGGCUUUGGAGAAGAUCUGCGCGGCCUCGGGGCGCGCGGAGCGCCUGGCCAUGGACCUGGCGCGGGACCUGGAGGCCGGGCAGGCGCCGGAAGGAGCCGAGAAGGGCGGGUGCCUGCGUGCGGCCUGCGGGAAGUCGCUGGUGGAGCACAGGCGCUUGGUACAGAUCUUCGCCGCAGAGCUCUGCCAGGACUACGCGGCUUUUGUCCUGGGCAGUUUGCUGCUGGUCACCUUCUACCGCGUUCCCACGACGCUGGGCGCGGUGUUCUGCGGGGAGCGUGAAGCCGGCGGCCCGCCGGGCGCUUCGCGUAGUCCGCUGGUGCAGCGCCUGAGGAUUGUGCUGAACUGCCAGGUGCGGCUCUUGGCCUCGGACAUUUGGAUGCUGCUCACCACCGGUCUGGCGUGCCUCUGCGCGCUGCUGACCUUGGUCAGGGCCCUGGAGUUCCUGAAGGCGUCCCUGCACUGCGGCUCGCUGGCCGAGCUGCGGUCCUGCGCCUGGGACUCCAGCUGCGAGGCGCUGGGGGCGCUUUGGGAGCUCCUGGCGCUGCUCUUCUUCUGGGACAGCUACAAGACGCUGGUGCGCAGCGCGGUGUGCGCGCUGCUGCUGCCAGCCUGGGGCCUGCUGCUGCUGCCGCACGGGCUGCGGAUUUUGCUGUGGCUGGGUUUGUGCGCCUUGCCCUGGACCUUGCCCUUGCACUGGGUGCUGCGAAGCCUCGCGGCCGUGGAGGCGGUCUUCUUCCUGGUGGCGCUCUUGCGGCGCAGAGCCGCCGCCGCCCAGGAGGCCGUCCCUGCGCACAUGAAGACGCUACGCAUCUCGGGGAUGAACGCUUUGGCGCUGAUCUCUCUGGUGGUGGACGCGGUGCUGUUGAGCUCCCUGGACGUCCUGGCGCCUACGCUGCGGCAGGAGGGGUGGCUCUACGGGGCGGUGGCGGUGACGGCCUUGUGGCUCUUGGUGAUCUCACUGCCCCACGCCAUGUCCAAGGACGAGAGCUCCGAGAAGGACUGCCUGAGCUCGGGGAAGUUCCAUGUGGGCAUGCAGCUGCUGCGGCGUCUGCUGCUGCCCGCAGCCAUCGUCUUCUCGGUGCAGGUCCUCGCAGGCGAGAUGGCCCUGGACGACGCCUACGGCGCCUCCGCGCGGGGAGCGUGCCUGGGCUUGGCGUUCCUGACCUUCACCACGGUGCUGGGGCUGGACCUGCACACGCACGCGCAGGACCACCUGCCGGACUCGGUGGGGCUGGACAUUGUGCAGCCCAGCGCAUUCCUGGGAGGUCUACUCUUCGCGCAGCUCCUCUUCCUGAACCGGGCGCUGGAACAGAACAUGGAGGGCGGCUCCGGGCUCUACCCUGCGGUGACCAGUCUGCUGAUGCCUGCCUGGGUACUAGGCUACGCAGCUCUUGGCGGAUCCCUCGGCGGGCCGCUGUGGCUUUGGCCCCUGCAGCUGGGAGCGGCGCUGGCGCCCGCGUGGGGCGCCUGGACUGCGGCGCUGAAGCUCAAUGAAAACGUGACCUGGGCAGGCUUCGCGGGGCUGUGCUUCCUGUCGCUCUGCGGUGCCUCGCUGGUGGAGCUGCUGGCCUCGCGCUGGCGCAGAGCGGCCCUCGAGAAGGCCGGGGUGCCGCAGCUGCUGUCGGAGCUCUGGCGGAAGUUGGCGGCCAAGGGGGCGCUGCUGGGCGUGGUGGAGGCCCCGGAGGGGGACCUGUCCCCCUGGGCGCUGGCGCAGCGCCUGGCGCGCUUCGAGGAGGCGUGCCGCAUGGAGCGCUUGUCGGUGGCCUUCCUCGAGAGGCGGAAGCUGUGGCUGGCAGAGCUGCGGGCGCAGUCGAACAGCUAUGAGGUGGUGGCCAAGUGCGGCCAGGAGCUCCUGGCGGCGGUGACCUGCCCCCCCAGCACCGUGCAGAUCUUCCUGUUGAUGAAGCGCGGCAAGGGCCGGCGAGUUCCGAACGCGGUCUGGCAGAUGAUUCUAGAGUUUGUGGGGGACGUGCGCUUCACCUCCAAGCUGCUGGACCCGGUGGUGAACCACUUCUCCGGCGGCAGCCCCGCGGAGCAGCUGCUGCGCGGCUGGCGCGCCAUGGACGAGGUGGGGGACUUCCUCGCCAAGGCCCACGAGCUGCACUCGGCGCCCUUGGAGCUCCAACUCACCCAGGCCACCGCCAAGCUGGACCAAGCGGUGCAGGUUUCGGUGGACGGUGAGCGGGUCACGGGGCGCGUGGCGCGCAUCCGGCCGCGGUCUGUGGAGGUGGAGCUGGCAUCGGGUCGGCAGAGUUUCCAAUGGCCGGACGUGAUGGUGUCGAAGCAGGUCCUGGAGGAGAAGUUCGAGGCAGAGAUUGCGGCCUGGCUGCGGUCGGCGGAUCGGCUCUUCAGCACCGGCUGCCGCUGCGGUAGAUCCCUGCACCCCAGCACCCGCCAGGGUCUGCUGCACUGCUUCCGGCUGCGGCACUACUCCGCUUGCUGCGGGGGCUGUGCGCACCACGACUUGGGCAGGAGACGUAUGGGCAGGGGCCACAGCGCCGCCUGCGACGCCCGGGCGCUCGAGGCGGGGCGCCCGGGCGGAAAUGGGACGCCGCUCUCGGGCCCGCGGACGCUGCAGCCGGGCUGCCCGCCCGCGGCCUUCGGCUGAGGCAUUGAGCACAAGAUGCAGCGCUUGUGAGGCGUUCAAUUCGGCUGGUUGCAGUUUGAAUUGGCCGAGCCGCUUUCCGAGUGCUGGCGAUCUACCGAUCC